CUUCCAACAGAAGACCCUCAAGAAAUGGAACUUGCGAAGUCCUGUGGGUUCCUUUACUCCACUGCAAAGUGUAAUGCCACUUGAGGUUGUCAAAAAUAGCUUCUGUAGAAAACUGGCCAUGGUCUGUAGGAAACGUUGCAUGAAGAAAAUUAGUUUAGCCUUUAUUUUCAAAAGUAAUAACAUGGAAUAGAAGACAUCAGUACCAAUACAAAGACCGCGGGGCCUAUUUUCAGGAUGAAAAUAUAUAUUUAGGAGAACAACGAGCUGAGCAGGGGUGGGGCUGGAAACGGAAACCCCUUUCCCCCUAAAAGGAGUCUGUACAGGCCACGCGCUAACGCACUUGGAGUCAUUUCGAAGGCAGUUUAGACGAUUAAAGGGGAGCAGAGAGGAAGAACGACGUCAGCGUCCAAGCCGAAGGGCAAGGCUGGGCGGGGGUGUCGGUGGCGGGAGAGCCCUUACAACCCGAUGCCUUUCCAGUCGCAGGGGAGGGCGGCCUGGGCGGCCCGGGGCCCCUGGCAGCAGGGGAACUGGGCCCGGAAGCAGUCCCGGAGCUCCCGGUUGAAGAGGAAGCACACGACGGGGUUGAUGCCGGCCUGCGCGAAGGUCAGCCACACGGAGGCCGUCAGCUCCAACAUUCUACUGUUCCAAGGAGCCUGAUAGGAGUGGAAGACAGAAGACCACUUGUUACUAGGCAACCGGCACCCACCUCACCCAUGUUGCCAUGGUGAUGAUGAAAGUUGGGCUGAUCAAAUUACCAGCUAAUUGCACAUGAGAGCUCAAGGGGCUGUGUGGUUACCUUCUCUUCCUCUCUCCUGCCACCCAAGUCUUCUGACUCCUGUUACUCGAAGCACAUUGGCCUGGAUCUCAAGCUGCCACGCCUUAGUCCUCCUCUGUCAUUUCCAAGAGUGGUGGCCGCAGAUCUCUCCCUGGGGCCACAGCAGCCGAGUGCGCAUCAAACCUGAAGAAAAUCUACACGGUACAGACGGUACAGAUGACGAAGUCAUAGGCGUCAGCGUUAGCGUUCGGGACCGAGACGAUGUGGUCCAAGUCUGGAAUGUAAAUGCCUCUCUAGUGGGCGAAGCAACCGUUUUAGAAAAGAUCUAUGAACUCCUGCCCCACAUAUCUUUUAAAGCAGUAUUUUAUAAACCCCAUGAAGAGCAUCAUGCUUUUGAAGGUGGACGUGGAAAGCACUAAUUGCACUCUGUAAAGAAUUCUUUGUCCUUUGCUGAUUGGUUUUGGAAACGGUCUUAACAGGAGGGAGAGUGAAGAGAAGACUUGCCGAAGUCCGAUGCUGGUCACUUAGUGGGUUUCUGUCCUGCAGAUGGGCAGUUAGGACUCCAAGUGGCAGGUGGGGUGGGGGAGACUAUGGGUUUCUACCGUCACAUUGCUUGGUUUUGUUUUUUGGUUUUUGCUUUCUGUGUUCUUUUCACUCCAAUUUUUUUGCCCUUUUAAAUUCCGUUUUUGGUCUAAUUAUUGUUUUGUGCACUCUCCUUUCAUGGAGGCACAGGAAAUCAGUCCCUUUAAGUGGCGGGGCUGUACCUAGUCAUAGGACAUGCAUCCUCGUGACAGGACUGCUUCGGAAACCACGCUGUUCUCGCAGGAAGCCCGCUGGUGAGACCUGUCUUGGUUAUUCCUGGUGGUGACACACUCCUACGUACCAUGUACUGGGCAUUGUUUUUUCUGUGUUUGGGAGAAGCAAAACCACAUUUACUCAGAUGUUGCACUGACAGCACACACAUCUUUUAUUUUUCCUUUCUAAAACUUCUUUUUAUAGCUAUAAAAGGAAAGUAAUCGUUGGGUUAACUCACAUGAAAACUAAUGACACUUGAGUAUCAGGAUACAACUCAAACUCUAGGUUUGGACUCUGUGAACUUAUUUCUAACCGAGUGUCAGUCGGGCCUUUUCACAGGAAGGUGAGACGGUGACGGGCUUCCCCAGAUGAGAAGCCCCUUCUUCUGGUUUCAGAGGAGAGAACUCUAGUUGCUUGUGAAGUUGCUUCUCCCACAUUUCGGACGUGCGCCCACCUGGGGCUCUCCACAUCGAUAGACACCUUUUGUUAAGUGACCCCUUUUCCUGCUCAGAUUGUGUCAUGCCGGUAAUCAGUAGUCCCCCAAAAUGGGCAGCUUUGCCUUUUUUUCAUUUCGGGGCAGGAAGUUAAAUCUCCUUUCCAAAAUGAAUGUGAACAUUUACAAAGUUGAACUUGGAGUGCAUAUUUAUUCAUAUUAAUUUUUGGAGUUGUUAAUCUAUAUUGUACUCUGUUACCAAAGAAAUUCUGGUUUCACUGGAAGGAAACGGCCACACUUUGGAAUGCUGAGACCUGCUCAAAGCACCCUGUCUCACGCCCUGACUGCCGGCUUCUGCUUUUGCCUGAGGGGGUCGCUUGAAGCUGCCUGUCCUCCUAGUGACCUUUGGCGCCAGGGUCGCUCGCACACGCUUACACAUCACACAGAAGGGCUGGGUGCUCAGAGCUUCAUUGGACCCAAGAUUUUUACUCUCCAGCAGAGAGCCAGGGAGGUCCUGCAGGCCUCCAACCUGUGUUUGUAAAUAAAGUUCUUCAAACAUUUGAGUGGACUUUCUGCAGCAUCUAUUUAUGAAAGCCAUGCCCUUCAUUUGCAUCCCUAACCAUGUCAACCAUAAUAACAAUGGUCAUAGUUUUUUAAAAAAUGCUUUGUUUCUAAACUUGAGUUUCUUCAGUGAUUUUUAAAUGAGGUAUAGGAUAUCAGACCCAUUUUUCAAAAGCCUGAAACUUGUUGCUUUAAAUAUUGUACUAACGUCCAACUUGUUUUUAUUAUUCAUCAAGAAUUUAAAAAUUAUUCUGGACAUGAAUUAAAAUUCUUUUUUAUAAUAUAAGUAUUUUUCUGAUAGAUUAGAAAAGGAUAUAAUUGACUUAUCUUCAUCAUAAUUGUCAUAUACAUUUUCAUAAGUAAAUGGAUUUUGAAGUAAUUUUAUUUUUGAACUUUAUUUAAAGGCAUUGUGAUAUGUUCAACUUUUGCAUGUAUAUAGCUUUUAAAGUAAUAAAAUAAAAUAAAAUUAGGAAUGUUAGGCUCA